AUUGAAUUUUGUACUCUAUAAAUCUCCAUUUUUACACUUUGGCAAGCUCUCCCUUACCCAACAAAAUUUUCAUUUUUCCUCAAUUUCCCCAAACAUGAACCUGCUCUUUAUUCUCUUCCUCUCUUUUCUUAUUCUUCAAUCGCUCAAACUCACUUCAGCUGCCUGCCACGUGAAUGAUGAGUCGGGUCUUUUGGCUUUCAAAUCCGGUAUCACCCACGAUCCUUCGGGCAUGCUCAGCUCCUGGAAAUCCGGCACCGAUUGCUGCAGUUGGGCGGGUAUCACUUGCCUCGUCAACAACCGGGUCACUGCCAUUUCUCUCGUUGGGCAGCCGGAAAAACCGACUAGCUUCUUAUCCGGUACAAUAUCACCAUCUCUAGUAAAAGUCGAAAAUCUUGAUGGGAUUUACUUUCAAAACUUGAAAAAUAUUACGGGCAAAUUUCCGGAUCUUUUGUUCAGUUUACCCAAACUCCAAUUUGUAUACAUAGAAAAUAGCAAGCUUUCGGGUCAAAUACCUAGCAAUAUAGGUAAAUUAACCCAACUGGGUGCACUGAGUUUGGCUGGGAAUCGGUUUGCUGGACCAAUACCGAGUUCAAUAUCCCAGUUAACUGAGCUGACUCAGCUCAAACUCGGUGGCAAUCUCCUCACUGGUAAUAUCCCUGUAGGAAUUAGCAAACUUAAAAGCUUAACUUACCUUAGUCUCAAACAAAACCAACUUUCAGGUUCAAUUCCUGAUAUCUCAUCACUUACAAAUCUCAGAAUUCUUGAACUUUCCCACAAUAAAUUUUCAGGGAAAAUCCCAAUUUCGAUAUCAUCAUUGGCACCAAAAUUAGCCUACCUCGAGUUAGGGCACAAUAAAUUGUACGGACAAAUACCUGAUUUUCUUGGAUCUUUUACAGCAUUAGACACAUUAGAUCUUUCAUGGAAUAACUUUACAGGGACGGUACCAAAAUCUUUUGGGAACCUCACGAAAAUCUUCAAUCUUGAUCUUUCUCAUAAUUUUCUUGUAGACCCAUUUCCUGUGAUGAAUGUUAAAGGAAUAGAGUCUCUUGAUUUGUCUCAUAACCAAUUCCAUCUUAAACAAAUACCCACUUGGGUCACUUCCUCUCCCAUUAUUUUUUCUCUGAAACUUGCAAAAUGUGGGAUUAAAAUGAGCUUAAACGCUUGGAAGCCAAAGGAGACUUAUUUCUAUGAUUACAUUGAUUUAUCUGAAAAUGAAAUUUCAGGUAGUCCAAUUUGGUUAUUGAACAAGACAGAUUAUUUAGUUGGGUUUUGGGCUUCCAAAAACAAGUUGAAAUUUGAUAUGGGUUCUUUGAGAAUUGUUAAUACAUUGAAGUAUUUGGAUUUGUCAAGAAAUUUGGUUUAUGGAAAAGUACCAAAGACAGUUUCUGGAUUGACAAGAUUGAACGUGAGUUAUAAUCAUCUUUGUGGACAAAUUCCACCAACAAAAUUUCCUGUUAGUGCAUUUGUAGGAAAUGAUUGCCUGUGUGGGUCUCCACUGCCUCUUUGCAAGGUUUAGGGUUUCGAUAGUCAAUCAAAUGAAUAAAAUUGAUAGUGGUGGGGAAGAAAAGGAAGGCAGAAAGAGAGGAAUGUAACAAUUUGUUGUUUUCUUGCUCUUUCAACGAGGAAGACUGUUAUAGCUUGUUAGUCGCUUGUCUUAUUGAUUCAGAAAAAAAAAAAAAAAAA